GGGGAAGGUUUGUCAGGUUUCAUCAUCUCACCUUCUGGGUCGGAAACGCCAAACAGGCGUCCUCGUUCUACUGUGAUAAGAUGGGCUUCCAGGCUUUGGCCUAUAAGGGUUUGGAGACGGGCAGCCGCGAAGUGGUGUCUCACGUCAUCAAACAGGAUAAGAUAAUAUUCGCCUUUGAAUCGCCUCUAAAUCCUGGAAAUGAAGAGAUGGGACAACACUUGAUGAAGCACGGAGACGGAGUCAAAGACAUCGCCUUCCAAGUGGAGGACUGCGACUUCCUAAUCAAGACAGCCAGAGAGCGCGGGGCUGUGGUCGUCAAGGAGCCCUGGGUGGAGCAGGACAGCCAGGGGAGGGUCAAGUACGCCGUGAUUCAAACGUAUGGAGACACCACACACACACUCAUUGAGUACCUCAGUCCCUACAAAGGCCUUUUCCUGCCGGGCUACAAAGAGCCGUUGUUCAGGGAUCCUCUGUUAGCCACACUUCCAGCGGCGGGUUUGAGCUUCAUCGAUCACAUUGUGGGAAACCAGCCAGACGACCAAAUGGUGCCAGUUUCAGACUGGUAUCAGAAGUGUUUGAUGUUCCACCGGUUCUGGUCGAUAGACGACAAGCAGAUCCACACGCAGUACAGCUCGCUGAGGUCCAUCGUGGUGACCAACUACGAGGAGACCAUCAAGAUGCCCAUCAACGAGCCGGCGCCGGGGAGGAAAAUCUCACAGAUCCAGGAAUAUGUGGACUACAACGGCGGACCAGGAGUCCAGCACAUCGCCCUCAACACGUCAAACAUCAUCCAAUCCGUCCUGAACCUGCGCGCCCGAGGGAUGGAGUUCCUCUCAGCGCCCGACACGUACUACACCGACCUGCGGAAAAAUCUCAAAACCGCCAAGAUCAAGGUGAAGGAGGACCUGGACCGUUUACAGGAGCUGAAAAUCUUAGUGGAUUUUGACGACAAAGGCUACCUCCUUCAGAUCUUCACCAAACCCGUGCAGGACCGGCCGACCCUUUUCCUGGAGGUCAUCCAGCGGCACAACCACGCUGUGAGCGCCACGCAAACUACACGCAAACUACACAGUUUUACAGACGACCGAGAGCGAAUCCAUGGCUACCAGCUUUAUAUUCGUAAACAGACCUCAUCGCUCUGCAGAGACCUUCGGUCUGCUGCAUGCUCCGGCCGACCGGUGUCCCUGCAGCGAGCUGGCACCGACUUCUGA